CUAAGAAUAACAGAGACGGAGGUCGCGGUAUGCUUCUACGGCACCGUAGCCCCAAGCUCGGCGGCGUCCACGCGUCACCUGCGCAAAAGAUUUUGACGCUUCAAGCUUGGAUUUUAACCCACCCCCCAUUCCUUCCUUAAAAAACCCCUAAAUUCAAAACAGUCGACCCAGAGGAAAAGAAACGCCGCGAGAAGAGAGGGAGAGAGGGCGGAGGCGGUGACGGGCAUGCCGACUGCCGCCUCUUUCCUCCCUCGGGCUUUGUUCGCCUCGCGGCCUCGCUCUCGGCCCUUGCUCGCCUCCCGGCCGACUAGGUUUCCCUCUUCUUCUUCUUCUCCUCUCCCUCGCCUUGGUCUCUUCAGGCCUCGUCGCCUCCUCGUACUCGUCGCCUCAUCCGCCGCUUCCUUUGAUGAGCUCGACGCCAAGGGCAAAUCCGAUCGCCGCCUCUCAAAGAAAUCCAUCCUCUCAAAUUUGAUACAAGAAAUAGAGCCUUUGGAUGUGAGUCUGAUCCAAAAAGAUGUCCCAGCUCAUACAGUGGAUGCAAUGAAGAGAACGAUAUCAGGCAUGCUGGGUCUGCUCCCAUCUGACCAGUUUCAUGUCCUCGUGGAAGCAUUUUGGGAUCCCCUCUUCAAGUUAUUGGUUUCUUCAAUGAUGACAGGGUAUACUUUGCGAAAUGCUGAAUAUAGGCUAUGCCUUGAAAGAAACCUAGAUAUGUAUGAUGAACGUACUGAAAAAAGAAAAAUAGAAAUUGUAGAAGUUGAUAGUCAUGAGAAGAUUGCGGAUAGAACUACGACGAUGUUCAAUUUUUCUUUAGAGAAUAAUCUGUUACCCAACCUUGACAAAAAUGAAGAACAGCCAAAAUGUGAGAAUAUGGGAGUUGAAGGUCUUGGGGAAAUGACUCCUGAAGCUCAAGAAUAUAUUCUUUACCUACAAUCUCGUCUAAAUUCUGUGAAAAAGGAACUGCGUGACAUCAAAAGGAAAAACUCUGCGCUACAAAUGCAACACUUUGUAGGAGAAGAAAAGAAUGACUUGUUGGACUACUUAAGAUCACUACAACCUGAGAAGGUUGCUGAACUUUCUGAACCAACCUGCCCUGGGGUGGACGAGACCAUCCACUCUGUUGUACAUGGCCUCCUUCCAAUUCUUUCUCCAAAAAUGCAUUCAAUGGCUUCUCCUCAAUCAGACAAUGCCAUAGGUGGAACCUUAAAUGUUGGAAAGGAUGACUGUGAAGAAUUUUUGGAGAACAAUUCCCUUCAAUUUCAACCCCUAAUAUCAGUUCCACGGGAUUAUCUUGCACGUCUUCUGUUCUGGUGCAUGCUUUUGGGCCAUUACCUUAGAGGUCUGGAGUACCGGCUGGAGCUGAUGCAACUUUUUACUAUCUCUGGUGAUACAGAAUCUGUUUCUCAAAACAGUGAUUACGUUGCUUGACAACUGAUUCAAGUUCAUCUAUUUAUAUACGUCAUCAGAGAUGAGUGCUGAAUGAGACACUUCGGUCCUUUAUUGUUGCACUGGAAAGGAUCGCUGAGGCUGAAGUUGGGCGAUUGCGAGAUACAACCAAGGCAAGCACGCUUAACUUUCGGCAAUGUUUGGUUGUGGGAAAUCAAUAAGGUGCAUGUUCUGAAUUGAAUGAUUGCAUGGACUCUUAUCAUGUUAGGGAAUGCUGGUUGAGAGAUCCUACUCUUUAACAUACAGCUGUGAUUACUUGCAGGACCUGAAAAUUGUAAAUUUUAUUAUCCGAUUUCUGGUAUGCUCAAGCUGCAUUUUUUCAUUUGACCAGAGGUAGCCUGAUGGAGUUUGUGAACCAGGGGUUUGUUCUCAGGUAGCCUGUAGUGUGGUCAAAUAUAUUAUUGAGUUCUUUUCUUUGUGCACGUAUGUCAUGUAUGGCAUUAUAAUGUACACAC